AUGUCUGCAAUAAUAUUUCCAAGGAGAUUAUUUCGUUAUUAUUCGUUUAAUAAUAAUAAAUAUUUUAAUAAAUUUAAUAAACUAUCCUCCUCAUUAAUACUGAAUAAGAAUUAUAAUAAGUAUGGUUUUAUGAACAGAUUUAUGCAUGGUUUGGCCGAUAAAGAUUUGAGUGCUCAAUUAGCAGAAGAAUUAACGUAUUAUGAAAAAGAAAAAGAUUUAAUAUCAACUUCGACAGAAAUUAUUGAUGAUGUUUAUGAUUAUAAGGAAACUUCUUCUAUCAUAACAAAACCAACAAAAGUAUCACUAAAUCAAUUCAAUUGGGAA